AUGUCGCACUGGGAUGUCGCUGAGGUCAAGAUCGGCCGUAACGUCCACCGUGGCGGCGGCGCCCCGCGGGAGACUGUCGUCCGUGGCCAGGCUGCCCUGAACGCUGCUCGUCGGUCCGGCGCCCAGAUCACCACCGAGAAGAAGUACUCUGUUGGCAAUGCCGCCUCCAAGCCCUCAGUCGAAGGCCAGCGCCUGACGAUGGUUGACCGGGCCGACGACAUUGUCAAGCCCAAGACGGUGGGCAUCGAGGUGGGCAAGGCGAUCGCGAAGGCGCGGGCGGCGUACGAGGGGCCCAACGGGCAGAAGGGCCUGACGCAGAAGGAGCUGGCGACCAAGUGCAACACGACGCCGACCAUCGUGGCCCAAUUUGAGCGCGGCGAGGCCGCUCCCGACCAAAAGGUUCUGGCCGCCAUGGAGCGCGUGCUCAACGUCAAGUUGCGCGGCAGCGACAUCGGCAAGCCCAAGUUCGAGAAGAAGGAGAAGAAAUAA